AUGAGGCUGUAUCAGGAUAUAUCAUUUUCUGUGCUUGGAGUACUAUUCGAUGUGCAUCGCACAACAGCAGCCAAUAUAUGCAAGGAGUGCAUUGACAUUCUGGCAGUAGUACUUCGAAAGGCUGUUUUUUGGCCUAGUAGGAAUGCAGUCAAGAACUGCAUGACAAAGUACUUUGCAAAGUAUCCUAACACGCGAGCUGUACUGGACUGCACUGAAAUCAAAAUCGAAAGACCGUCUGAUUUGCAAUCACGGAUUUUAACUUAUAGCCAUUACAAGCAGACAUAUACUGCAAAGGUUCUCGUUUGUGAAACCCCAGGAGGGCUCAUCAGCUAUGUAAGCGAAGCAUAUGGAGGGAGGACGUCAGACACUCAUAUUGUCAAAGAGAGUAAGGUCCUCGACAAGUGCGAGCGAAAUGAUGCUGUCAUGGUUGACAAGGGGUUCCUGAUUGAAUCACUUUGCAACGAAAAAGAAAUUGAAAUGAUACGGCCACCAUUCUUGAAAGGUCAGAACCAGCUUACACAACAGGAGGGAAGGAAAAAUCAAUCAAUUGCACAGGCUCGAGUACAUGUCGAAAGGGCCAUCCACAGGAUGAAACUUUUCAAGAUACUCCAGAAUAGAAUACCGCUGGAGCUCUUCCCAUACUUUGAUGCUAUAAUCACCAUCACUGCAGGCAUUGCAAACUUAUCAAAGCCACUGUUCAGUGCAGACAAGUUUCUGGAUAAGAGCACCACACAAGAAAACAUCUAGAAGCAUGUACCCCCUCUGGCGAUAA